AUGAUAAUGUUUAUGGUAAAACUUGAUGGUUUGUUGUAUAGGUUUAAUAUGAACUCACGCUAUCAUCACCAUCUGACUAAUAACAAUACUAAAAAGGUCAUAAUUCAUUUAACAGCUAGAUUUAAAUCCACCUCAUUAUUAAAUAAGAUUGAAUCGGCUCCACCAGAUAGAAUCUUAGGUUUAACUGAUAUAUUUAAUAAAGAUGCAAACCCUAAAAAAGUUAAUUUAACUGUUGGUAUAUAUAAAGAUAAUUUUGGUAAAGUUGCAACAUUCCCAUCUGUUAAAAGGGCUCAAGACUUAGUGAACAAGAAUUAUCAAAGUUUCCAGAGUUUAACUUAUCUGCCAAUAAAUGGUAAUCAGGAUUACUCAAAGAAUGUGUUGGAUUUCAUUUGGAACGAUUCAUGUCAGGGUUUAGCUCACAAUUAUCUUUUGAAUGAUAAAAUUAAUUUUGUGCAAACUUUAAGUGGUACUGGUGCUGUUGCACUUGCUGCAAAAUUUUUGUCAAAAUUUAUUUCAAAGACAAUUUGGGUACCAAAUUAUUCUUGGUCGAAUCAUUUAAAUAUCUUUAAGGAAAAUGGUUUUCAAUAUAUUAAACCCUAUAAUUAUUAUGAUGAUUCGAAUGGUACGAUAUCCGUUGAUGAGUGGUUAAGCAAUCUAAAAUUAAACCGUUCUCAAACUGAUAUUACCUCUCCACAAUGCAUCCUUUUACAUGCAUGUUGUCAUAACCCUACUGGUAUUGAUCCAACAAAAGAACAAUGGAAGACUAUCAUAAAUACAAUAUAUGAAUUAAAUAUGGUCCCAAUUAUCGAUAUGGCUUAUCAGGGUUUAGAAUCUGGAAAUUUGAUCGAUGAUGCUUAUCUGUUAAGAACCUGUUUAAGUAAGGGUGAUUGGCCAAAUGGACUUUAUCUUUGUCAAUCCUUUGCCAAAAACAUGGGUCUUUAUGGUGAAAGAGUAGGUUCUUUGAGCAUUGUGACUCCAUUGAAUUCCAACUCUAAUACUAACUUAAAUAUUGACUCUCAGUUGAAACCAAUCAUAAGAUCAUUUUAUUCUUCUCCACCUGGUUAUGGUUCUCAUGUAGCUAAUCAAGUGUUGUUAAAUAAAGAUUUAAAAUUACAGUGGUUUAAUGAUGUUCAAAAUAUGGUUAAUCGGUUAAAAAUUAUUCGGUUAAAUUUAUUUAAUAAUUUAAAAUGGCAUGAUUUGAUUGAUUUUGAAAGACAACAUGGUAUGUUUUAUUUCACCAGAUUUACUUUAAAGCAGGUUCACCAUUUAAGAAACAAAUAUGCAAUUUAUUUGACUGAUGAUGGUAGGUUGUCUUUAAGUGGCAUCAAUGAUUCAAAUAUUGAUUAUGUUUCUGAAGCUCUAUAUGAAGUAGCUAAACUUUAA